AUGAAGUUUAAUCAAACAUCCGUGGAUUCAUCUUUGGGUAGUCUUUCUGUAUCGUCCGCUGUCGAUCGAUCAUAUGACUCGUUCUUGAACAACGUGGAUACACAACCGGGUGCAUUACUUUCUGAACUUUUGUCAGAUUGUACACCACUUGAUUGCUUUGUUUCAAGCACUGUACAAUCAUCCAAUAUUCAAGAUAAUAUAUCUUUGUCACUUUAUGGAGUAUCAUCAUCUUCCAAUAAUAAUAAUGACAACAUUAAUAAUAGCAGUAGUAAUGGUAAUAAUAACAUUACGAAUACUAUUGAUGAUAUGAAUGGAAUUUAUGGUCCAAUAAAUCCUAAUUCACAUGAUUGCUAUCGAAAAAAUUCUACAAUUGAAUUAAAAUCUGAUCCAGAUAUAUCAUCUAAAUUUAUUCAAGAACAGUCCAAAGAUAGUGGUGUGCUGCCAGUGAUGUCGAAACUUGAUGAUUCUAUUAGAGAUUCAAUUUUCUCUGACCGUUAUGAUGCAGAUAAAAAUAACAGCACUAGUAAUAUCACUUCCACCACUAAUACUACUGCGGUUACUACUACGUCUACUUCUCCUACCACUACUACUACAACUACUACUUCUAUCAUUAUUAAUAAUAAUUAUUAUGAAUCAGAUGUUAAACACUAUACAAAUACAUCAUCAACAUUGAAUCAAUCUACCAUAGUUUCAUUAUCACUGACAACAACAAUAACAACAACACCGACACCAAUCAUAAACCAAGCCGCUUUAAUUGCAGCUGCCUUAGCGAAAGCAUCUGCAGACAAGACAAUGAAUGGUCCUUUCUCACUAAUUGAACGUAAUACUACCAUACCACUUAAUAAUAAUUUAGGAAUGAUGAAUAAUAAAUCACGUAGAAAUUCAUUAACAAUACCAAAUCAUAAUAUACAUUUAUCGUCAUUAGAUGAUCAAAGUAAAUUAAUUAGUCAAAAAACUUCUAGUUCUGAAAAACACUUCAUUGAACAAAUUAGUUCAAAUAAUGAACAAAGUCCUAAUCGUUUUCAUUCUUCAGAAGAAUUUGAUAAUCUAUUGGAUUCAAAUACGCCUAUAUUAGAUUUUACUUUCUCCGAUGUACAGUAUUGGUGUAGUGUCUUUUAUUAUGAAUUAAAUACUCGUGUUGGUGAUGCAUUUCACGCUGGUCGGCCAACGUUAACAAUUGAUGGUUUUACUGAACCGUGCUAUCGUUCUGAUCGAUUUAGUUUAGGCAGCUUAAGUCAUGUUAAUCGACCUUUGCAAGUUGAGAUGACUAGAAGACAUAUUGGUCGUGGGAUACGACUACAUCAUAUCGGUAGUGAAGUUUACCUUGAAUGUUUAAGUGAUGCUGCGGUUUUUGUUCAAUCACCCAGUUGUAAUCGUUUCUACAGUUGGCAUCCAGCAACUGUUGUCAAAGUUCCACCAAAGUGUAAUUUAAAACUUUUUGACAGUGCAGCAUUUGCUAGUCAAUUGGCUGAUAAUAUGUCACGUAGUUAUGAAUCUGUCUUUUCACUAACUCAUAUGUGUUCAAUACGUGUUAGUUUUGUAAAAGGUUGGGGAGCAGAAUAUAGAAGACAAACAAUAACCAGCACACCAUGUUGGAUAGAAGUACAUUUAAAUGGACCAUUAAAAUGGCUUGAUCGUGUACUUCGACAAAUGGGUUCACCUACACUUCCAUGUACAUCAGUGAGCUGAGAAAAUUUUUUUUGAAAGAAAACAACUAAAUCAGAACACACCUUAUCGAUCUCAUUCACCUGUUUUAUUGUAUUAUAUUGUUACUAUUAAUUAAUAAUCUUCACGGCUGGUAACUAAACACACAUACAUACACACGCACACGACCGCCAUCGACCCCAUCCUUAUCUGUUCA